AGCAGCCCGCGGGAGCCAGCCGCUUGCUUGCCUUCCUGCCCGCCACUCCACCCCGUCACUGCUGCCAGGAGCCGAGGGAGCCGCGAAGCCGGCGACAUGUCCGACAGCAAGAAGCAAAGGAUGAAUCUCCAUAGGUCAACCAAUGUGGUCUACCAAGCUCACCACGUUAGCAGGAGUAAGAGAGGGCAAAUCGUGGGCUCAAGAGCUGGCUUUCGAGGCUGUACAGUGUGGCUUACAGGUCUUUCUGGUGCUGGCAAGACAACCAUUGGGUUUGCACUCGAAGAGUACCUUGUGUCUCAUGGCAUCCCUUGCUACUCCCUUGAUGGGGAUAAUAUUCGUCACGGCCUCAACAAAAACCUUGGCUUCUCUGCUGAUGACCGAGAAGAAAAUAUCCGCCGCGUUGCUGAAGUUGCCAGGCUGUUUGCUGAUGCCGGACUUGUUUGCAUAACAAGUUUCAUUUCUCCAUUCUCAAAGGACCGCCAGAAUGCAAGAAACAUUCAUGAGACAGCUGGACUUCCUUUCUUUGAAAUCUUUGUGGAUGCUCCCCUGAAUAUUUGUGAGAGCAGGGAUGUGAAAGGCCUUUAUAAAAAAGCACGAGCUGGAGAAAUAAAAGGAUUCACUGGAAUUGACUCAGAUUAUGAGAAACCAGAAGCGCCUGAAAUUGUGCUGAAAACCAACGUAUAUUCUGUCAUUGAAUGCAUCCAGCAGAUUGUGGAGCUCUUGCAAGAUCAGAACAUUGUUCCGCCAACUGCGAUCAAAGAUGUCCUUGAACUGUUUGUCCCUGAAAAUAAUGUUGAACAAGCUCGGGCUGAAGCCAAUACACUGCCUUCUGUGAAGAUUACCAAGUUGGAUCUACAGUGGGUUCAAGUCCUAAGUGAAGGUUGGGCCAGCCCAUUGAAAGGGUUUAUGCGGGAGAAAGAAUACUUGCAAGUUAUCCAUUUUGGCACCUUGCUUGAUGAAAGGGGAAGAGUUGAUAUAUCCGAGCUUGAUGUCGUUAUUAACCUGACCAUUCCAAUUGUACUACCAAUAACUGCGGAAGACAAGAAACGCCUGGAAGGAUGCAAUGCGUUUACACUGGAGUACAAUGGGCGGAGAGUGGCCAUACUGCAAAAUCCAGAAUUUUUUGAGCACAGGAAAGAAGAACGUUGUGCACGUGUUUGGGGGACCACAUGUGCAAAGCACCCGCAUGUAAAGAUGGUGAUGGAAAGCGGAGACUGGUUGGCUGGUGGAGACCUCCUUGUAUUAGAGAGAAUUAAGUGGAAUGAUGGGCUGGACCAAUACCGCUUGACACCCUUGGAGCUGAGACAGAAGUUUACAGAAAUGAAUGCUGAUGCGGUGUUUGCUUUCCAGCUGCGCAACCCUGUGCACAACGGACAUGCCCUGCUGAUGCAGGAUACCAAACGGCGCCUCCUUGAGAGGGGCUAUAAGCAUCCUGUGCUGCUCUUGCACCCGCUCGGGGGAUGGACCAAGGAUGAUGAUGUGCCUCUCGAGUGGCGCAUGAAGCAGCAUGCUGCAGUGCUGGAGGAGCAUGUGCUGGAUCCAAAGUCCACCGUUGUGGCCAUUUUCCCUUCUCCAAUGUUGUAUGCUGGACCAACAGAGGUCCAGUGGCACUGUCGGGCUCGGAUGAUUGCUGGAGCCAAUUUCUACAUUGUGGGCCGAGAUCCGGCAGGUAUGCCUCACCCAGAGACCAAGAAAGAUCUGUACGAACCCACACAAGGUGGGAAGGUGCUCAGCAUGGCUCCAGGACUGAACUCUGUGGAAAUCAUUCCCUUCCGAGUAGCAGCAUACAGCAUAGUACAAAAGGAGAUGGUCUUCUAUGAUCCGGACAGGCACAAUGAAUUUGACUUUAUUUCUGGCACACGCAUGAGGAAGCUGGCUCGUGAAGGUGAAAACCCCCCUGAAGGAUUCAUGGCGCCGAAAGCUUGGAAAGUGUUAACUGAGUACUACAUGUCACUGGGAAAAAAUAAUUAAUUUUCCUUUUAUCCAAGUGCGUCUUGGGUUUUUAAGGAUGGGCUCUUUCAAUUGAUUUAUUUGCUGUUCUACAUCUUCUACUUUGAAAUUUCCUGCUGUUUGUGGGCAUUUUCUUCCCAGCUUUUCCCCCUCUGAAGUUACUAGGAAAUUUCCUCUUAAUUUCGAAGGAAAGCCAUAGAAGAGAUUUUAUUGUACAUAUAUAUAUAUAUA